CAGACAGACAGACAGGCCUGGACAUGGAUUACCUGUUGGUGCUGUUUCUAUUGCUGUGGAGCUCAGGACUCCCGGCUGAAGAAAAACACAACUCAAAAGAGUCUGUCAGGUUGGUGGGAGGAGACAGUCGUUGUGCAGGAACACUCGAGGUGAAACAUCGGGGAGACUGGAGACCAGUGGGUGACAUUUUCUAUGAGUGGACCCUGAAGGAAGCAGCUGUUGCCUGUUCACAGCUGGACUGUGGCGCUCCUGUUUCUGUAGGACAUACAAUUAAAUCCUCAGACAUAUCUGUGUGGUGGAUCAGGCCUGACUGUGUUCAGCCUGGAUCUGCUUUGAGGGAUUGUGCAAAAUCAGAUUCCUCUACCGCCAUCCUGUUUCUCAGAUGCUCAGACUCUGUCAGGCUGGUAGAUGGGAUCAGUCUGUGUUCUGGCAGACUGGAGGUGAAGACGAACCAGUCUAACCAGAGGUGGUCCUCAGUGUGUGAAGCUGACUUUGACCUGCAGGAUGCAUAUGUGGUCUGUAGGGAGAUUGGCUGUGGGGCUCCUUCAGUCCUCCAGGGGGUGCUCUAUGGACAAGUGGAGGCUCCAUGGUGGACCAAAGAGUUCCACUGUGGAGGCAACGAGUCUGCUCUCCUGGACUGUAGAAGCUCAGGCUCAGAUAGAAACACCUGCAGACCAGUCAAAGCUGUUGAACUCACCUGCUCAGAGUCUGUCAGGUUGGUGGGAGGAGACAGUCGCUGUGCAGGAACACUGGAGGUGAAACAUCGAGGAGAGUGGGGACCAGUGAGUGACUCUGACUGGACCCUGAAGGAAGCAGCUGUUGCCUGUUCACAGCUGGACUGUGGCUCUGCUGUUUCUGUAGGACAGAGAGAGGUGUCCUCAGACAGACCUGUGUGGAGGAUCAAGUCUGACUGUGUUCAGUCUGGAUCUGCUCUGAGGGAGUGUGCUAUAUCAUGGUACUCUUCCUCCAUCCUGAAUCUGACCUGCUCAGACUCUGUCAGGCUGGUAGAUGGGAUCAGUCUGUGUUCUGGCAGACUGGAGGUGAAGACGAACCAGUCUAACCAGAGGUGGUCCUCAGUGUGUGAAGCUGACUUUGAUCUGCAGGAUGCAUAUGUGGUCUGUAGGGAGAUUGGCUGUGGGGCUCCUUCAGUCCUCCAGGGGGUGCUCUAUGGACAAGUGGAGGCUCCAUGGUGGACCAAAGAGUUCCACUGUGGAGGCAACGAGUCUGCUCUCCUGGACUGUAGAAGCUCAGGCUCAGAUAAUAACGCCUGCAGACCGGUCAAAGCUGUUGAACUCACCUGCUCAGAGCCUGUCAGGUUGGUGGGAGGAGACAGUCGCUGUGCAGGAACACUGGAGGUGAAACAUCGGGGAGAGUGGAUACCAGCGAGACACUCUGACUGGACCCUGAAGGAAGCAGCUGUUGCCUGUUCACAGCUGGACUGUGGCUCUGCUGUUUCUGUAGGACAGAGAGAGGUGUCCUCAGACAGACCUGUGUGGAGGAUCAAGUCUGACUGUGUUCAGUCUGGAUCUGCUCUGAGGGAGUGUGCUAUAUCAUGGCACUCUUCCUCCAUCCUGAAUCUGACCUGCUCAGACCUGCUGCUUCAGCCCAACAUCUCUGUGUCCUCCUCCAUGGAAGGGGUCUCCGCGGCCCAGCAGGAAGAGUUUCAGGUGUCCAAGGGCUCCGACUUUACCAUCAGCUGCUCCAUCCAGCCCCAGUACCCACGAGGCUCCUUCCAGCUCACCUUCACCUCCUCCAACUCAGCACACAACUACACCCAGUCAGCUGUCAAUCACUCUGCCCAUUUCCUGUUUUCUGCUGCAAAGCCCGCCCACCAAGGAAGCUACAGCUGUGUUUAUCACAUCUAUGUUUUUUCUCAUAACUUCUCCUCUGAGAGUCGUCUGCUCUUUCUCACUGUCUUAGAUCCGACACCUUUUAUCAUCAGAGUGGUCGUUCUGCUGCUGACUCUGCUGUUAGUGAACGCUGCCCUUUACUUCUACUGUAAGGCCAGCAGUGGGAAGAUGUCGGGCAGACAGGAGAACAUUAAGCUGGAUGAUUAUAACCUGGGUGUUUCUGAAGCUAAAGACGAAGAAGCUCAGGGAGCAGCGUAGCACCUCAUUUUAUACCAUAAACUGAAAAAAUAAUGGACUUAGCAUUGGUGGAUUCACCCUUUGGUUUGUGGACUGCCAUUCUGAAGCCGGGAGUUUGCAUUUUGGCCGUCGCCAUCUUGGUAUUUUGGAGCCAGAAGUGACCAUAUUUAGACAAAAGGAAGGAGCUGGGGAGGAUGACGCGAUUAAGCCAGCGUCUCUAUGGUAUCAAUGGCGCUGCGCUUAUUGUAGCUAAAUGCUUAAGAGGGAAAUGACACGAGUCAUCCAGCUGAGUUUUACUGGCAGUUAAACGCGGAGCUCCGUGUACUGGUGCCGUUCGUCAGCAUGUACGGCAGUACACAGAGCUGGUUGAAAAUCGUCAGACUUUCUAUUAAGUAAUAAGCUAAUGCUAGCGCUAGCUUUUUUGGCAGAACGCUAAAAAAGACAUUUUAAGCAGACCAAACUUCCAAUUAACUUUGAUGAAGUGAAAACACACAGUGAGAGGGUCAUGUAAGGGCAUUGGCACAAACAUGGGCAAUACCCAAAAACAACUGCUCGUUGGACAAUUCACGCCUCGCCGUCGACCAUUACUACCUGACAAUGGACACCUCGUCAGGCAUUACCCCCUUACAUAUUGUACAUCUCAUAAGGAAUGUGUUAAUAAACCUUAAAAUGUC